AAGGAGAGAACAGAAAGUAAUGGCUAGCGUUAAAAUUAAGAAGCAAAACAACAAAGAUUUCAAUUUGGAAGAGUUGAAACAACUGACUAAUGAUCAAUUAAUUGAAAAAAUCAAAUCCCUCCAAGCACACAAUGUACAGCUGAAGACACUUCUCAUAAAAUCAUCCACUGAAACUAAAACAUCUGUAAAUAGAUUAAAAAAGCCAUUUGACUCUUCCAAGUAUCUCUUUAGGCAUGUUCUACUCAAGUUUUUCUAUUUAGGAUGGGACUACCAAGGCUUUGUCGUUCAGGAGGAUACCACAAAAACAAUAGAACAUUACUUAUUUGAAUCUCUCACAAGAACAUGUUUAAUCAAGGAUCGAGAAAGCUCCAACUAUCAUAGGUGUGGAAGAACUGAUAAAGGUGUUAGCUCAUUUGGUCAAGUAAUUUCAAUAGACUUGAGAAGCAAAUUGUCAGCUGAUAACCAACAUGAUAUUGAAAAUGAAUUGGAUUAUUGCAAAUUAUUGAACCGUGUUUUGCCGGAUAAUAUACAGUGUGUUGCUUGGUCUCCAGUAAAAUCAGAUGUGAGUGCACGCUUUGAUUGUACAGGCAGGACAUACAAGUACUUCUUUCCAAAGUCAUGUUUAAAUAUAGAGAAAAUGAGUAGAGCUGCAAAUAAUCUCCUGGGAACACAUGAUUUUCGUAAUUUUUGUAAAAUGGAUGUUGGAAAUGGUGUUGUUGAAUAUAUUAGAAAUAUUCUAUUCAUUAACAUUAGUUUAUUUGAUGAAAACGAUACAGAAGACAAUGAGAGGACCAUGUAUGUCAUAACUAUAAGAGGAAAGGCGUUUUUAUGGCACCAAAUAAGAUGCAUUAUGGCUGUAUUAUUUUUAAUUGGUGAAGGAAAAGAAGAGGAAACUAUAAUUGAUGAAUUACUGGACGUUAAUAAAAAUUCAAGAAAACCAGAGUAUUUUAUGGCAAGCGAAGUUCCUUUAAAUCUCUUCCAAUGUGAUUAUGAUAUAGAAAAUAAUUGGCGAUAUGAUGAAAGUUCGUUAAGUAUAGUGAAAGCUAAAUUGAAAAGUAUGUGGACUUUCCACAACAUCAAAGGAACAAUGAUUCUCUCCAUGCUCAAUGAGUUAGAUAGAUCUUGCCCUACGGAUUUGGAAAUUCAAAAUUAUCUCCAUCUUGAAAACAAGACAAAAAGAUACAUUCCCUUAAUGGCACGUAAAAGAUGCGAGAGUUUGGAGGAGAAAAUCAAGCAUUACGUUAAAAGAAGUAGACUCGAGAUUCACAAUGAACCGGAAUCAACCACUUGAUCAAUUUUAAAUACAUUUAUAAACACGACUUUUAUGCUUUAUUUUAGCCUUGUAUAUAUUAUAUCACAAAACAAAAUACUUUUUUUACAAU